UGUGGAUCUUUCUAUGCAAAGUGCGCCAUGGGUGCAUCACUGGGUGGCGUUGCCAACGGAGUGUGUUGCACCACCCGUGGUGAUGAAGCAGCUGUACGGCUGGAAAGAAACAGGCAUCACUCCUGGCAAGAGUUGCCGGAUGCGGAUGAAUUCCAGGCGUUCUUUGACUGCUACGAAACCCACGACGCAGCUGGGACUGAACAGCUGCGCAACUCACUAGAGAUGCAGCGGGUGAACUCGGGUCCCAGGAGAUUCCCCCUGGAGCGCCGGGGCAGCGGGGACCUGGGGCUCGUGCCGGAGGCAGGAUUUCGUACCUUUGCAGAGCGGGAAACUGUCCGGGUUCCUCAGCGUAAUGAUCCGGGUUCUGUGGAAUUGCCUCUCCCGGAAGAUGUCUACGAAGAGUUGGUGCCACUACUUCGCUCUGAAGUGCAGGGCCGAUGGAAGUGCCGUAUCGAGGAGGAGGGCCUGGACGAGGAGCUGCGGGCGCAGCUGCGGGGCGGGUUCCCAGAGCUGGCAGAGUGGACGGGUGUUGCCACUCUGCGUCGCAUCCUGCGGGCCUCCCAGGGGUCCAUGGCCCAGGCAGUGCCGAUGCUGAUGAAGGCGAUUGAGUGCCGCGUGAGGGAACGCGAGCUCUUCCAGUGCAUGCGCUGCAAGGUGGCGUGCGAUAUGAGAAUCAUCGGCCGCGACAGAGAGAACCGGCCGGCCAUCUACAUGAGCGCCAGAAGCCAGACAGAGCCGCUGCGAUUGCUCAUACCUCAAGUAUUUUUGGCCUUUGAGGCAGCUUCGAGACUUGCGCAGGAGGAUGGUCAAGCGAUCCUUGUGGCAGAUAUGGUGCAGCUGCAAACGCACCUGAACAUGGACCCCUUUGCCUUCAAAGAUCUGGCCAACAACUUCGGGGUUGUCUUUGCCGAUCGUCUCAAAUGCAUUCUGAUUGUGGACUUCUCCUUUAUCGCACAGGCAUUUUGGGCAACGGUGCGACCGUUUCUCAGUGAGAGGACGCAAAAGAAGAUCAACUUUGUCAGUGAGGCGAAGGCUCGGCAGUUCGUGAAGGAGAACUUCUUUGGCCCCACCAGGGACAGGAGCACCCAGCGGCCAAUUGCACUGAUUCUCAGCUCUUUUGAUAUCAAUCGAGACGAGUUGAGCACGCAAGAGGACAGGUUUGCACAUGCGCUCCGGACGGCGAUUUGCGAUGUUCCGUUAGGGGAGCUGCGGGCACCUGAUGAGGCAGGAUGAGGACAGCGAGGUGUUUGGCGACGAGUAUCUCUCGGACUUUUUACCAUGCUAUCACUUGGCUCCUGCCGCAAAGUGGAGGUGAGAAAUUCCCGCAGUUGCUUGAGUUGCACAGCAAGUCCAUUUGGAAUGCCGCGCGCUCGGAUCGCUUGUGUUUGGAUGAACUGAGCACGAACACUCAGAAGGAGCAACUUGGGUGUCAGAACCGAGGGUGAGCAGUUGCAUUUUGAAACGCAGCAGCAAGGAUGGAACCUGAGCCGUGUCCGCGUCUCAAUAUAGAAGCUGUCCCAUCUGUAUUUUGAGCACGGCAAAGACGAAGAAGAUCAAACCUGCAAGUUUGACGAGCUACUUGCCAUGUGUAGGCCAGGUCACGCGUGUCUCGGGGUCGCGGAACGCAGCC